AUGUCCCACUCAUUCCCUGCUGCAGAUAACCCUGGAGACGGAGGGACAGCCCCCCAUUUCCUUCUUGGCCAAGUGUCCGACAACAAGACCCGCAAGGGGAGCGAGCGCAUCUACGACUUUGACGUGUACAACGACCUGGGCACCGACAAGGACGUGCGGCCGGUGCUGGGGGGCAGCAGCGAGUACCCCUACCCGCGCCGCCUGCGCACCGGCCGCGGCCUCUACCCCGGGACCGAGUAUGAGGAAAGGGCGCUGAUUUCCCCCUGGGUUACGCCUGAUGACACCUUCUCUGACGCCAAGGUGCAGUCGGUCACGCGCAUCCUCGCGUUCGUCGGGACCGUCCUGCGCGCCGUCAUCAAGCGCUCGCCCAAGGGAAAGGAGCACUUUGAGAGCCUGGGCGAGAUCGCGGCGCUGUACAACCCCGGCGCCCCCAAGACGCCCGGCGCAGCUGCCUUUGCCGGCGACGGCGCCCCCGUGACCCAGCAGCUUCUGGCCGCCCUGCAAGAUCCCGACAUCUUGAUCUCCGCACUGGAAGACAUCCGGUCGGAUGCCAAGGACGCUGCCUCGGCCUUCGCAUCUGACGUGGACGAUGUCGAGAAGGCUGGCCUGGCGGUGCUGGGCCUGCUGAUCGACGCCCUGCAGGACAUUCUGGCCGGCCAGAACCCUGUGGGCAUUGUGGCAAUCACGAGUAAGGAUGACAUCAGCGCCCUGGAGGCAAAGGGCAGCGCGCUCUUUCAGGCCGUCAGGGACGAAUAUGGCGCGCGCGCGGUGAUGGGGGACUUCUGCAGGAAGGUCCUCAAGCUGGCGGCGUUCCGGCUGGUGGCCAUAAGGGACUGCACGAUCUCCGCGGGCGAGGGCGGCCGCCAGCUCGAGGGCAAGUCCCUGGAAGAGCUCACCACCGGCCCCGGCCAGCCCAGGCUCUUCUAUGUGGACUACGCCCCCGACGCCCUGCUGCCCUACCUGGCGCGCGUGCGGGACACAUACCAGGACCGCGCGCUGCACGCCGGCCGCGUGCUGCUGCACCUCAGUGACGCGGGUGACCUGCUGCCUGUUGCCAUCGAGCUCAAGUCUGACCCUGAUGAGCUGUUUAUUGCGUACACCCCAAAGUCAGGGGAGGCUCUAUGGCUGCUGGCCAAAACCGUAUUCAGCUCCAUAGACUCGGGAAUCCACCAGCUCAUCACGCACUUCCUCAACACCCACGCCGCGUCGGAGCCCUUCCUGAUCGCCGCGCGCCGCCAGCUGUCGGAGAUGCACCCGAUUCACCGGCUGGUGGUGCCCCACUACAGGUACACCCUCACCAUCAACUCCCUGGCAAGGGCGCUGCUCAUCCAAUUUGACGGCGUUAUCGAGUCGGCCUUCAGCCCGGGAAAGUUCUCCCUCGAGAUAUCAUCCAAGCUGUACGCGGACUGGCGCUUCGACAAGCAGGCCCUUCCGGAGAACCUCCGCAGCCGGAACCUGCUGGACAGCAAGGGGGAGCUGGUGGUUGGCAACUACCCCUACGGCGAGGACGGCCUCCUGCUGUGGGAGUCGGCCGAGAAGUUCCACGAGAAGUACGUCAGCCUGUACUAUACGAGUGACGCUGAUGUGGCGGGUGACUCGGAGCUCCAGGGCUGGUGGGAGGACGUCAGGCAGAAGGGGCACCCCGAUAUAAAGGAGGGCUGGCCCGACCUCAACACCAAGCAAGACCUGGUGUUCGUGCUGACCACGCUGGCCUGGAUCCCGAUGUCGCACUCGGCGGUCAACUUUGACCAGUACGACUACUCAGGGUACAUGCCCAACAGGCCGUCGCUGAUCGCCAAGCCCAUGCCGAUCCCGGGCAGCGGUGAUUACGAGAGGCUCACGUUUCUGAAGGUCGACAGCAAGGAGUUUGAGAAGCUGCUGCUCUCUUACCUGUCGAACAAGGAGGCGACCCUGAGCGUCAUGGCGGCGCUGCUGCUGCUGUCCACGCACUCCAACGAGGAGCUCUACAUCACAGACCCCCCAGCCCUGUCCGGUUGGCUCACGGACAAGAAGGCAGUCGCGCUCCAGAACGAGUACGUGGCAGACGUCAAGUCGCGGGUCGAGACGGCCAUUGCGGAGCGCAACGCCGCGAGGGCCGCCAGGCCGGGCGGCCUGCCCUACACCGUGCUCAUCCCCAGCCCGCCGCCCAAGCAGAGGGGCGGGCUCACAAGCCAGGGGGUGGUGCCCUCCGUGUCCAUCUGA